ACCGAACAGAGGAGCAGCUGCUGCCUGGUUUUUAAACAGGCACCAAGAUGGAAACAUGUGAAACGUUUGCAGCAGGAAAACGCCUCAAUCCAAGAUCUUCCUAAAACAUGUGCCUCAGACACCUUGGAUUUGUUCUUCUGCUUUGGUUUCCUGCAGAACUUCAUGGAGAAAGUGAUAUUCGCUGCGCUGCUCCUGUACUGGUCCACGGUCUGUUUACACCAAAGCAGGGCAUGUAUCCUCAUGGAGCAAAGCUGACAUACACCUGUAACAAUGGACAUAAACCAAUAGAUCAGGGCUGGUGGGUUAUGAGCAUGUGUAAGAGUGGGUGGUGGUCUCCUUCACCACAGUGUAUCGAUGAAAGUAGUUGUGUUGAACCAGACGUCAACCCCAACACAAGAUACAGUCCAAGUCCAACUGGAUGGUACGAGAAUGGAAAGAAAAUACAAAUAAGAUGUGACAAAGGAUAUGAAACCAAAAACAAUGUAUUAUCAGCCACUUGUGUAAAUGGAGACUGGAGCUCAAUGCCCAUCUGUGAGAAACGUACAGACUCAUGCAGUGAACCUCCUCAACUCCCUCACGCUGUAAUAAUCAACCAGACACAUCAGGAGUUGUUUGCUGUAGAUUCAGAAGUGAUGUAUCAGUGUGAGGACGGCUACACCACAGAGCAGGGAGAAUCCAUGAUAUCUGUUGUUUGCAUAUCUGGGAGCUGGACUGAAGGUCCAACGUGCAAACAGUCUGACAAUGGACUCAGACCAGUCGCCAAUUGUGGAAAUUAUCCAUACGUUCCUCAGAGUACGGUUGUGUCAAGCCGCAUGGCUUUGAAAUACAGCUGUCCUGCUCCAUAUGAACUAAUGGGCCCAGAGACUGUGGUGUGUAACAGUGAUGGUAGUUGGUCAGAUCUGCCAAUGUGUAAAGCUCCGGGACAGUGUGUUGUGGAUCCUGAUACGCAUCCUUCAGGUUUAUUCGUUCGUGCAGAUUUGGAUUCCAGAUAUGCAAUUGUGCCAGAAGGACAGAUGCUUUAUUUUCGCUGUACUGCAAUUGCCUCCCCCCCGUUUGCCAGAGCUGUAAAAUGUAGGAAUGGAAUAUUAACUGUAGCACGCAGCUGUUGUCCUCAUCAUCUUAUUGUACGGGAUAUCUGCUGGUGAAACCGAACAGAGGAGCAGCUGCUGCCUGGUUGUGAAAACAGCACCAAGAUGGAAAGAUGUGAAACGUCUCCUGAAGGAAAACGCCUCAAUGCAAAUAUGAUGACAAUAAAUUCUUACUGUCCUCAGAACAUGUUCAAUGCUUAAAACACAUAAAUAAAGCAUUCUGGAAUAAUGAAUACAUUUUUUAAAAAAGCUCCUGUUUAGUCUUUUAGUUCAAGCUCUAAUUAUAGUUGGAGUGGCAAAUGUCCCCUGGACCUGCACCUCCUGAUGUAAAAAUCCUGCAGGUCAGCAAUUUAGUCCUGGUGAUGCACUCAGCAUCACUCUCCUCAAGUCCCUUAAGUCCUGAGAGCUGCUGUUCCUAUACCAGACUGUAAUAUUACCAGAGACCACUGAUUGUAUUAUUUACAUGUAAAAGAGUUGGCGCAAAGCCAUGAAAAUCCUAAACUCAGCUACCUGAGGAAGGACAAGCAUUUCCUGGCCUUCUUAACCAAGCAAAUGAGAUGUUCAGUGACAUGGACACCCAGAUAUUUGUAGCUGGUCACUCUCUCCACCAGAGCUCCGCUGAUCUUAAGAGCUGUGUUCUGGGAGACCUGCUGUCCCCUCCCGUUAGUCAGGAAGCUUAAGACCCAGGAGCAACGUGCAGCAGGUGGUGUGUUACCUGGUCCGCUGUAGUCCUGUAGAAGCCAUGGGUACCAUGUCUUCAGUUAACGUAGCAGCCAGUUAUAGCUCCCAUAAUUCAUCAACAUCAUUAGCGUUGACCCAAAACAUAUCCCAGUCAACAUCAGUGAGCGCUGACAGCAGCAUAACUUCAGACCAGAUUCAGACCAGUGUCUGAACUUCCCGGUGGUUGGUGCCUUUUUCUCUGCAUAUAUGCCUGAAUAAGAAAAAUAGCAGCAUGGUUUAUUGCUGUGUGAUUAUAAUCCUGUAUCUGCUGUAUAAACUGUGUGAAGUUCUCCAAUUAACGUGUGGCUCAUGAAUUUAGCUGUCUUCCACUCGUAGGGAAGAGGCUCAGGAUCAAUAUGUGAUAAUAUAUGUCAGGAAUCAUCAUGUGUCAUGCGUUUGUGUUUGACCCAUUUCCAGGUUUUAUUUUGUUAGUUCCUGUUCCUUGUUUUCUUGUAUUGUGUUCAUACUUCACUUCCGUUCAUGUGAUCUCCCAGCUGCAUCAGUCCCUGUAUUUCAGGGUGCCAGAUUGUUUGGGUUUCAUGCCAGCAUUCCAGCGGUCGGUUCUCGUAAGUCUCACCUGUGUAUCGACCUCUAAUCUUGCUCUGACUUUGCUUUGCCUUGUACAGUAUCCUGUUGCUGCAGAUUUUAAUUUAAAUGAAAUGUAAUUUAUGUAAUUUAACUAUGGAACUUUUUCAUGUUAGGCCUCACCCCGAUACGUUUACGAAACGUAUUAUAAACACAGAAUAACGCAAAACUUUAAAGAGCAGAAUAGAUUGUUCACUGUAGAUUGUUAUCAUCAUGAAGAGAUAAUAAUGUAAUUAAAUUCAUGUAUAUUCAAAGUUGGAAAACCCUUUGUUUCCUUUCCUAUUUAUUUUACUUUAUACUUUAUUCUCCCCAAGGGAAAAUUCUUGUCCACAAACAUUGCACUAGUUUUACAAUGGUACAGACCGACGAAAAAGCACAAUAAGAGUAAUUAUCAUAAUAGACAUGGGAAUAGUAACAAUAAAGACAAUAGAUGACAGCAGAAACAACAUAGUCAAUCUGGGUCUUUGGUUUAGUGAAGUGACGUCUGAAGGGAUUAGGCUUUGGACUCUCCUGCUCCUCAGAGCCUUUUAUCUGCAGUCUGAGGGCAGUGGAUAAAUAUUCAUUGUGUGGGACUCUCUUCUAUUGAUAUUGCAAUGCAUUUAAUUGCAUUAUUAAUUAGUUCAUCUAGGUUGCGUGUGGGAAGGCUGAUUAUUUUUGCAACAAUUCUGGUUACCAUUGAUAGUUUGUUCCGGUUGUUAGCAGAGAGGAUGUUAAAACGUGAUCAAUACAUUAGUCUUGGAAGACUUGAUAGAGUAACAGUAGCAGGUGGAAAGCAACAUGGAGUCCUUUAAGUUUACGGAUGAUGUACAUGUACAGUCUUUGGCUUCUCUUUCCAGUGUCACUGAUGUGCUGAUCCAACAUGAGAGUGAGACGUACUGUUACUCCCCACUGUUUCAACUGUUUGGUUGUGUAUGACGAUAGGUUGCUGUAUUAUGAAUACAUAAUAACAAAAAUAGAAAACAAUAUAUGUCCACUGAUCUGUGUUAUAAAUGUAUUUCCUUUACAUUUUUCAAAAUUUCUUAACAAGUAAAACAAGUAAAAUUGCUGAAUAUGCGCAUUUCCGGCCCUAAUAUGGGGAGAAACGCGAGAAGAGGCAUCAAUGAGCCGAGCCUCAGCCCAGGGCUCCAGCUCCCAUUCUCGAGCCGUCAUUACGUGGGUUCAUACGCGGAGCGAUUGCUUCCUGUUUCACAGCUUGUCACCGACAAAAUGCGGAUUUUUUCUUUACCGUCACUUUCUACAAGCUCAUUAAUGCGUUUAUAGAUGUGUGUUUGACAUAAUUACUUCCUUGAUCGCGCAAAAACGGACAAAGAAAACUCGAAAUGAGGCAAGGCAGGAAGUCGCCUCUACGGAAGCCGACAGGUGUUUGGCUGCUACUGUCAGGCGAUUUGUUUUUUGUUUUUUUUUUGUCAGGCGCCUCUUCGCGGUACAGUAGUGACGUUGGCGCUGCUCGAGUGAGUUAGCAAACGAACUCAGUUAGCUUAUUUUUUUUUAUUUUUUUCAA